AUCUUAUUAUUACUAAUUAAUAUGCUGCUUGUGCAAAAACAUGAGGAUGACAUCUUGAAAUAUUUGGGCAAUAAAUCCCUAGCGAAAUCCAAACGACAAAAGCGGUGCCGUUUUCAUUCCACGAGAUCACGUCGUCCGUGAUCGGAUCAUCCACCAACUGAUACAUCUUCGUCAAAAACGGCGCCAUUUUUCUUCCAAUAAUAACAGAGUGAGUAUUCGAUUUGUGAUCUCCUAUUCGAUGAUGAUGGAUGUUCAGAUGGAACAACUAAAGAGAAGAAGAGCAGUGAGGAACUCCCAACCCCAACAGUAGAAUCCAGAGAGAAAGAAAUUAGCAGAGUCAACGAGAUUGCUUGAUAAAUUAAAUGUAUUUUUUUUUUAAAUAUUUAAAUAUUACACUCUUAAAAUUUUUCUUUUUGAUAAAUUUACUUUUUCUUUCAGCUUAACAACGUUUGUUUCCAACAACAACAACGUUUCUCUCUCUCUAGCCCUAACACUCUUUCUCUUGAUCGACUCACUGAUGCAUAAUCAAAUCAAGUAUUGAUUAAUUUAUAAUGGAAGGAGAUGAGGAACAACAUUGUAGCCCUAACUUUAUUGAACCAUACAAUAACCCCAAGAAGAGAAAGUCUAUUACUUCAACAAUGGUGGUACAGGACAAAUCCCCUUUUAGUCUUUCUAAAGGAGCUAUUUUGUCUCUUACUAAACCCUCAUAUGUUCUUGGUUUGGGUUCCAAGACUUUGAGGAAAGACAACAGGAGUAGGUUGAGUUAUCUUUUUACUAAGCUUAUGAGUUACCAUCAAUGGAGUGAAGCUACUGGUGUUCUUAGUGUUUUGUUGAAAGGGACUUGCAAAGAUAGGUCUAUGCCCAAUAAUCGCUUGAAGUACACUGCGUUAAUGGAGAUUGUUGAACUUUUAGGAACUGAUUCUAAUAAUGGGACAAGGCUCAAGAACAUUUAUGACAUUUGGAUAAGAAAAACCACCACCUUGAAAGGAAAGCCAGUUGAAAAUCGAUACUUGGUUCAUAUAGAGUUCAUCGUUUUUUGUCUUACACAAGGGAAUAUUGAAGAUGCUUACCAGGCUGCUUUAUGGCUCAUGCAAGAAAAUGAUUUUGGUACAGAGCCAGUUUCAAAUAUGAUUGUAGGAUUGACAUUCUACCAGUUAUGGUACUCUACUAUUCCAAAGGAAAUGUUGUUGACAGAUUCUGACCAGGUUUAUUCCCCCGGGCAUACGAAUAAACUUUCUUUCACAGAAGGGUGGGAUAAAGCUGAUUCUAUUCAAGCCUGUACAGAAUUUCAAUGUGAUUCGAACUCCUCUAUCAACAAUGAUCAAAGAACACAUAUUGAUUUGGAUAAGGGCUUACAGAUCGAAAACUCUGUUGGAGUCCAUAGUGUUCAGAUAGAAACUCUCCCACAGAACUUUCAGUCCCAGGGCUUCUAUGCAAAUUCGGCUGAUAAUACAGGAAGUGGAGCUUUAGAACCUGGUCAUAGCAAUCAGAUGACUUCCACUUUCUCUGAUCUUGGCUUGAAUUCAGUAUUGUUACCUGUAAAGUUGUUUAAUGAGAAUGGCGUGCAUACGGAAAUGCUUAAUGACUACUACAAGGAGGCAGUGAAUUGCUUAAGACGUGCUCUUUGCUCAACUCCACCAGUAUUGGCGGCCUUACUUCCCUUAAUACAGCUAUUACUGGUUGGAGGUCAAGUUGAUGAGGCCUUAAAUGAGCUCAACAAAUUCUGCUGUAAUUCAAACUCAACACUUCCAAUGCGAUUAAGAGCUACCCUCCUGGAGCAUUUUGAGUAUAACAACAUAAAUAUUUCUUCCCAUUUCGAAGACAUAUUAAAUAAGGAUCCUACUUGUUGUGAUUCACUGGCGAAGCUUGUUGUCAUGCAUCGAAAUGGGGAGUAUAGUUCUGAAUCUUUGUUGGAGGUGAUAGCUUCUCAUCUCGAUGCUACAUAUGCAGACCACAACACAUGGAGAGAUUUCGCUUCAUGUUUCUUGAAACUUUCACAAUACGAAGAAGACCAGAUGUCAGUGUGUCUUAAUGAAAACGAUGGCGGGGUUAAACAACGUUAUUCAGUUUCCUUAAAUAAGACUCCGAAUUUAUUUAGGGAGUCUAAAUCUCGUAAGAAUUGGAGGCUUCGAUGCAGAUGGUGGAUGACACGUCACUUUAGCUCAAAUAUGCUUGCAUCAGAGAUUGCAGCAGGUGAUUUGGAGCUCAUAACUUAUAAAGCAGCAAGUGCUUCUCACAUGUUUGGACCCAAGUUUGCUUAUGUAACAAAGGCAUAUUCUUGUUUGGAGGAGAAAAAUGAAAUAGACUUUCUCGGUACACUGAAACUUCACAUUAGUAAGUCUGUUGGGGUCUAUUCAAGCUUUGAACAGAAUAAUAAACGAUAAAAAUGUGAAAGAGUAUCAAAAAAGAAGGCGGGAUGAAUGGUGGUGGCUAGCAGCAGGUAGGGUGGCGGUUUGUUACUCUCACAGACAGUGACAAGAAGUUCACUCCAUUUCGGGCAACUCCAUUCCCUUUCGGUCCUUCAAGCUUGAUCUACCUGAGACCUGAGUUGCAAGGCAUGCCUGAAGAGAUCUCCAAAGAAAAGGCUCGUUUGGUUGCCAUUCAGGUGAAUGGGGCCAGUGUCGGUUGAGGAUAUUCUGCUUCAAUGCCCUUAAGGGUCUUCCUGGUCCAUACAUCAAAAUCAGUUUAUGCCGCGUGUUUUCACUUUCGCCCUUGGGCCCAGAGCUGAACAAGAACCGCAGUUAUUUGCAAACUAAGCUGAAAGCACGAUCUGAACUCGGGCAACACCCUAAAUUGCCUCAAAAUAGUUGCAAGCUCUACCUCUCCAAAGGUAAUGAUAUUUCCUAAAUGCAAGAAAAUCUAAUUGAUUAGUUUACUUUUAGAUCCGCUUUGGUAUACAAAAAUGUUGACAAGGAAAUAAUUUUGUAGAGAGAACAUAAUCGAUUAAGUAUCUGUUCUUUGAGCAGGAUCUCGAUUAAGCUUACCGGGUCUUUAUUGGAUUAAACUUCUCAAAGCUAUUCUUAAUGCUUCCCUGUAUGGAUUGAUAGCAGUCUUUUGAUGAAUACUUGUACGGUAAUAGUGCCUGAGUUUGGUUCGAGUGAUGGUUUUCGGUUUUCAAAAUUGAGUUUCGAUGAUCAAAAACGAAGAUGUUUAGAAUGUGCCUUUCUCUGAUUUAUGUAGAGAUUAGAAAUGUUUUAUGUUUUCUUGUUACUCCAAUACAUAUACACAUUGUAUUAUUGGUGAUAGUGAUACUAUUAAUACAAGUUCUAUGAGUUAUCAA